ACACUCACCUGGAUGUCACACACUUCACCGCGCUUCUUCUUCUUCUUCUUCUUCUUCUCUCGUUCUGUCAGUAUCCUCCUCUCCGUCGGAGCUCGUGAGGAUCUCCGGAUCUUUGGGAGAAGUUCAGUGAGAGUUUUACUAAAUAACGGGCUUCAUCCAGAACUCUUCAAAACCUCGGAGACGGGACUCGGAUCAAUUAAAAUGAAAAUGCACCGCUGGAAAGCCGAUCAGGUGGCGCUGCUGCUGGUGAUGCUGGCAGCGGGUGGCUUCACUCAGGUCCUGGACCGAACGCUCAUCCUUUCCAACGAGAGGAGCUCCAUCGAGAGAACAUACGAGCUGACCAAAUACCUGGACCACCAGCUGAAAGAGAUCAGAGACACUUACCUGUCGUAUCUGGGUCCUCCGUUCAGUGACCCCGGUUUCUCUCCUCCUCGCCCCAACAGCUCCUCUCUGUCGGUGCCUAGCGCGGCGACCCGGGUGGACUUAUGGCGCGGCCUGGAGAACGGCGCCCGACUGGCGCAGAACCAGCGGGCCUACAGCGUCCUCCUGUGUGCCGUGAAGGAGCUGGCGCGCUCCACCCUGUGCCCGUACCUCCAGAGCUCACUCAUGCACUUCUGCUCCGGCCUCAGCGGCCUGCUGGGCUCUAUAUCGGGCCUGAUGAACGCCCUGGGCUACACCAACCUCCCGCCCUCCACGCCCGCUCAAGGGUACGCCCCGCUUCUGUCCUCGCAGUUUCUGAACAGCCCCGCUCCGCUGCGGAGUUACGAGCCUCGGCCGGCGAGAGAGGGAACGACUCGGGCGGAUCUGAAGAGAGGCAGGCGAGGACGGAGGAAAGAAGGAGAGAGCUGGGCUGCCAAAGAGGAGAGAGAGAAAGAGGAAGGGAUGGAGCGAUGGGGGAAGCGGAGGAGACUGUUGAGCGUGGACGAAGAGAAGACGAUCAAACUCAACAUGAACUACACGACUCUGAAAUUGGGAAAGCAGCCUGUGCUCUUCUCGUCUCUUCAGCAUCGGCGGGCCGUCCGGUCCGCUCACGCCGGACUCUCUCCGCUCUCGCUGCUUUAUCAGUACGGAGAGGUUCACACUUUGCUGGCGGCGCCCAUCUUGUCGUCUCAUCCCGCCUCGAACGACUUCUCCAGGAAGGUGGAGGGAUUCUGGGUGCUGAGAGAGCUUCAGAGCUGGCUCUGGAGAUCGGCCAAAGACUUCACCAGACUGAAGAAGCGGCUGCGCGCUUGAGGCCGUGUUUCUAAAAACCUAGCGAGCUGCCUUCUGACAAAAUUUCGCAAACCAAAAAAGUCCAUUGCGAUGUACAGUGGUGGUCAAAUUAGUGCAUUAGUAUUUCCAGCAGUUAAAAAAAUAGCGUUAAAUCAAUUAUUUAUUUCUUUUGCUGUAGUGCAAAACAUAGAAAUAACUGACUUGUCACCAUUUUUUUAGCUGCUUAAAAUACUGGUGUCCUAAUCAUUUUGGCCGUAACCAGCUGUGAGGUCCCCGAGGUCAGGACCUUGGUACGUUUUCAACAUUCAAAAAUAGAAUCAGAAGUUCUCUAGAUGACUAACUAGCACUUUAAAACUCAUCUUGUGAGUACCUGCAUGCAUAAAUCAAUUUAGACGGUUUAAAAAAAGUAGUGUGAAAAUGACAAUGACUAGUGAUUAAUUGUGAAUGCAACAUGAGAGAGAGAGAGAGGGAACACAUGCCGUGUUGCCAGAUCCUGUUUUUACAUGCAUCUUUAGACUUGUUUUUUCCACUAAUUGUGAUGCUCUAAGAAGGAAAAGAAAUGUGAAGCUGCAGUUUAGAGUCGAGAGUGAUGUCCCUAUCUUUAUUUCGGUUUUUGCGAUUUUUGUUUUUGCUUGCUACUGUAGCAAUAUCUGGCAACACUGGCACUGACAAUGUAAUAACAUAAAAGCCCAUGGAGAGCAUGGCACAUUGUUGCUGGCUGGAUAACGCAUUUGAUAAGAAAAAUGCAAACACAAAGUCAUGCCAAAACAUUCAUAAGAACACUAGACAAAGUUCUUAUCAGAUAGCAAUGCUUGCUAAUGAAAUGUAUUACAGUAAUAAAUACUGUUAAUAAAUAGCAAACACUAAACCUAUAGUAAAGCAUAAACAAAUUUUGAAGCAAUAAAUAAGUUAAUCUUCAUAAAUCAGAAAAAAAACAUCUACGUGUGUAUCUCUUUUAAAGUGUGUAUGUGACCCUAAAGCAGAAAACCAGUCACAUUUUUUCAAAUUGAGAUUCAUACGUCAUCUGAUAGCUGAAUAAAUAUUGAAGUAUGGGUUGUUUGGGACAGAAAAUAAUCGGUCAAGAUACAACUAUCUGAAAAUCUGCCUUCCGAGGGUGCCAAAAAAAGCAAAAAUAUUGAGAAAAUCACCUUUAAAGUUGUCCAAGUUAUGCCAUUAUGUCAUUUACGGUAGGAAAUUUACAAAAUGUAUUUAUAUAGUCAUAAAAUGAUCUUUAUGUUGUGUUCGUCACAUAUCUCUCAGUUCUUCGCUCACACAGUCACGUCCAAAGCAAACAGUUCUCCGUUAGACCAAAGGCUUGUUCGCGUGAGCGAGCUGAACCUGUUGUGAAAUCCGCGUGGGGAGAUCAGCUCGCUAGGUUUGGGCAGAGAGCGGAAACAGACUGAUUCACGGAGAUCUGAGGAUCUCGGAUGGUCACGCUUUGCACUAAAUCACCAAACAGAAAAGAGAGCGCUCUUUGAGAGCCAGACGUGAUUCAGCAGAAGGAGAGUGAAUCACGCUCGGCAGCGAAAGUGGAGGAAGUGUGGCAUAAUCAGAGAAACAAUGGAGAGGUUUUUUCUUUUCUGCUGCCUCACAAACUGAGUCAGUAAUGCCUCACUGACACUGGCCCGUCUUUUUCCAGACACA